GAAGAGCAAUCGUCCCCGCGGCCAGCGGUGCGGCCAGAACACCCUAGAGCCAAUGGGAUAGGAGAGAGGGGGAGGCCGGCCGGGCCGGGUGCGGGCCGAGCGCAGUCUUGUGUAGUGCUUGGCUGAGCCCCUCCUGAGUGCUCCCUGUGCAAACGACGAUGAUCACGUUCAUGAACAACUCGGACAGUGAGGAUGAGCCCUGUAAUGAGAGAACAUCUCUGAUGUCUGCAGAGAGCCCUCCAGUACCUUCCUACCAGGAUGGUCUGCAGGCCUCAGAAACAAGGGAAGCACAGACACAUAGGAAGAGGCAAACGGGUAGCAGCCGUAGCGCAAACAAUGUUGCUGAUGAGGAUGCGUCUGACUCGGAUGUUCGAGUGAGAGAGAGUGCCUUGGAAAAUGAAGAGGAGGAACUGACUCUGAAAUAUGGAGCAAAGCAUGUAAUCAUGCUUUUUGUGCCUGUCACCCUUUGUAUGAUUGUUGUCGUCGCCACCAUAAAGUCAGUGCGCUUCUAUACGGAGAAAAACGGGCAGCUGAUCUACACCCCUUUCAGUGAGGAUACCCCAUCUGUGGGCCAGCGUCUCUUGAACUCGGUGUUGAACACUAUCAUAAUGAUCAGCGUCAUCGUUGUAAUGACUGUGUUCUUAGUUGUGCUUUAUAAAUACCGCUGCUAUAAGUUCAUCCAUGGUUGGCUAAUCCUGUCCUCUUUUAUGUUGCUGUUCCUCUUCACCUACAUAUAUCUCGGUGAGGUGUUGAAGACAUACAAUGUGGCCAUGGAUUACCCCACGGUUAUCUUAAUCAUCUGGAAUUUUGGAGCUGUUGGAAUGAUUUGUAUCCACUGGAAAGGUCCCUUGCAGCUCCAGCAAGCAUAUCUCAUUAUGAUCAGUGCUCUGAUGGCAUUAGUUUUUAUUAAAUAUCUACCUGAGUGGUCAGCAUGGGUGAUUCUAGGUGCAAUCUCUAUUUAUGAUCUGAUUGCUGUUCUCUGUCCUAAGGGGCCACUGAGAAUGCUGGUAGAAACUGCACAGGAGAGAAAUGAGCCCAUUUUUCCUGCAUUAAUAUAUUCCUCUGCCAUGAUAUGGACAGUUGGAAUGGCAAAACCAGACACGGCAGCAAAAGGACAAAGCCAACAGAUGUGGGAUGCAGAAGAUGGGAGAGAGAACCACAGUAGCACUUCACAUUCAGACUCCCAGAUUUUGGACACAAGGAGCCCUGCUCCCAGCCAUCCCAUCACUUUAGAGGAAAUGGAAGAGGAGGAACGAGGUGUGAAACUGGGCCUUGGAGACUUCAUAUUUUACAGUGUGCUGGUUGGGAAAGCAGCUGCCACACCUAGUGGAGACUGGAAUACUACACUGGCCUGCUUUGUGGCCAUUCUCAUAGGUUUAUGUUUAACUCUCUUAUUACUGGCUGUUUUUAAGAAAGCACUACCUGCUCUUCCCAUCUCCAUCACCUUCGGCUUGAUCUUUUACUUCUCAACAGACAACCUUGUGCGACCGUUCAUGGACACCCUGGCCUCCCACCAGCUGUAUAUUUAGAAGAAGUGGGAGUUGAAGAAUUCUUUUUAAGCUUUGCAGUGAAGUAUGGUACACUGUUUGGAAUAAGUCAUAACGUUUUUCACCUAGUGCCAUAUAUUUGUAAGGAAAACAGUAACUCUGUGACAUGAUGUGUACUAAAAAGCUAGCUACGUGUUAAGCUGAACUUUUUCACAGGACUCCUAACUCUCGGACUCCAAUGGAAAGCCUAGCUCAUUGCAGAUGUCAGAGCAUUACUUAAAUGUUAUUUAAUGUGCAAACUGGUUCUAAAGAGCAAGGAAACCUGUAUGUAGUGCGGGGUACUGGAGAGAUGAAGGGUCUGAUCUCUGCUUCCAGAAGCUCAGGCGUUCUAGCCUUGGAAUUGCAGUCAAGUUUUGCUGUGCUAUGGAGUUUUUAGCAUUUCAGACUUUUGAAGUGUUGUGUGCAUGUGUAGGGAAAGUCAGUCUUGCUUGUAAUUAGAAAAGCAUAGCAGUAUGCAGAGAACAGAGCAUCACACCUCGCCGUGAGCACUAAACUGAUGUGUGAUGCUGAACUUUAUAAGCUGGACUGCAUAAUUGCCCCAGUUGUCUCUCUUUGUUCUGAGCCUAGUGAGACAUGGCUGCCAUGGUUCUAGAUGGGAUGUCAGCAGUAGGAUGUCUGAACAUCAGGCUUCUGUUUCUGCGUGCAUCCCCCUGGGCAGCCAACAGCUGAAGGCAGGGCUGACUGUUAAGCAGAUCGGAUCCUCAGCGUGGAAAUCAUUGCACAGCUCCCAGUAAAUCAGUUGACCUGUAACUUCUUCUGUGUACCUCUGGUCUCAUUUCUGUACAUUGUCAUAACUAUUCCACAGGAGGACUUACCUUCCCUCUAUGAAGAGGUCCUCUGAUGCUGACUGAAGCUUGGUUUACCUUUUUUGGUACUGUUAUUUGAAGAGCUUUUAUUACGAAUUUUAAAAUAGCUAUUUAAUGUAAAAGGAACUCUUUUGAAAAUACUGUCAUAAUUUGUAUCAAAAUAUGGGGGUGCAAACACCAAUUUGCUGUGACGUUACGUAAGGCACCACUAAUGCUGGAAACGUUGACACAGCCUCAAGUGACUUCAUUAAAAAAAAAAAAAAAAAAAAAAAAAACCCACAAAAAAUCACACUGUGUUGCCAGUAAAGAAAAACAGGUCUGACUCUAUCCUUACUAGUUAUUCCUUCCAGUUAUUACUUAAUCACUGUUUUCCUCCAGAUUUUAAGAACAUUUUAUUUCUACUCUGAGGGUCAUUUUUAGCAAUAGUUCUGUGACUUCCUUUUUUCUUCUUACACGAGUGUGUAACAAACAAGCUCUGUUUUCUUUGACAGCUGAUCAGUAUCAGCGUUUAAAACUGAAACAUAAUGCAGGGCUUUUUGAACAAUGCACUGUCACUGAGAGAUACAGAACUUCAGGUCUGAGAAUCCUUUUUAGAUAAGGCUUUGAAGUAUGCCUUUUUAAGAUAAUGUUUUUUUUCCAGUAGACUCCUUCAAGCUAAUCUACUUUUUGAUAUUUUAACAAGAACAUCAGGUAGGUGCUUCAAACAAAUCUUUAAAAAGCACGUAAGGUGUUUUGAGUGGUGUGUCUUAGUUUGGACAAGUACAUAAUUUUUGCUCUUGGUUUAGUUUGCUGUUCUUACUACUUAAAUUUGCAAUGUUUGAAUGUACAAUUUGCAGACAACUAAUAAUUACUGAUAGCUAUUUUCCUUUGGAAACAAACUGCUUGUUUUUUAAGGUUUGUAUAAAUUAGUUGUUCUUUUUCUUUUUAACAAAAACAGUUAUGGGGCCAAAUCAAAAUACAAUCACUUGCAAUCAUGAUUUUAUAUUUUAUACUGCAUGGUGUAGAUGAUGUGAAAUACUUUAUAUAUAAGAAAAAAUCCUGCUUGGCUUAACAGGGCUGUAGCAUAUUGUUAUAAGUAAUUUAUUUUUCUGAAAUUAAGUUGAUAUAUUAAGGAAAAUGGGUGGAUCCUUCUUACAGAAGUAUCAUUAAUAGAGCUUGAGUUCUAUGUAGAUUUGUGCUUACAAUGACUGGCCCCUGAGCAAAUUCUGCAUAACUUAUAAUUUAAAAGGUGACUGAGCAAUGGAUUCUGUCAGUGCAACUAAAUGUACUUGCUUGGUGAGUAAAGGGGUAUAUUGUGUGUGCAUAUACUGGAGUGGUUCUAACUGUGUAAAUGUUUAUACGUAUUUGCUAAUAUAUAUUCACUGUGAGUGUGUGUAUAUGUAUGUAUAUACACAUACAAGAGUUUUAAAAUGAUGUUGAGUGAUCUAUCAUCUCCUUGGGCAUUUCCACUUGCGUAUGAAAGUGAAGUUCUGUUCAUGUUGUUAGCGUUGCACAGGAUGGCACAGGAUUUAUGUUUUGCCCUUCAAAAAGGAUGAACUGUAGCCUAGGGGCUAUGUGAGGAAUGGGCUCAGUGAUCCUGCAACUUGUGUGUGUGUGUGUGUGUGUGUGUGUAGCAAGUGGUUGUCUGUCUUUUCUGUGCACUCACUGAUUUCGCCUCGCUGCAUGCUCUGCUAAACUGCAGUUUGACCUUGGAGAAAUCCUAAAUACUGCUGUUGGUGCCUCCAUGAAAAUGUACAGCUGUCAGGUAGGUUAGGAUGACAACUACUUUAAUGUAGGUGUCACUCAACGGCUUGAAGUCCUAUAGGAAAUGCCAUGUGUUUGUAUUUUCCUACAUCUACCCUAUCAAACCUUCUUUCCAAUUUAGAAUGAGUGUUUCAUUAUAUCUGGACUAAAGCACAGCUUGGGCAUAGAACGUGUAGAAUGUGUAAGACUGAAGAAUAUCCAGGAACAAAAAUGCAGUGGUAAGCCUGCCUAAUGCUGGGGGAUAUGCAGCAUUUAUUGCCUUCCUUCCAUUUCCAUCAUAUUGCUACAGAUUUUCUAUCAUUUCCCACUAAAUUCAAGAUGUUUGAAGUUGAUGCUGUCAGCUGUCAAGGAGUUAAGUGAAUAUGAACUGUUUAUUUUUUCCUUCAUGCAACUCAUUUAUUUGACAGGUGCCCAGGAGCACAUUUCUGGGAGGUGUCAGUGUUCAGUACUAUUUAUUGCUCAGUAUUAAAAAGAUAUAAAUAAAUCCAGACUGUGAAGUGGAACUAGCUAAGCUUCUUGAUAUAGAAACCUGAGCCAGGUAUGGGGCCAAGCAGUGGGAGUGGAAGUUCUCCAGAACUGAGAACUGUUUGAGUCCUAUCGAAUGCAGCCUGAACAAUGUGUCAGCUUCUAGGCCAACUCAGGGGUUAGGACAGUGCAGAAAUAAAUGGUGUGAAGCCUAGUGGUCCUUAACUGCUGCCUUGCAGGGCCUGAAGAAUCAGAAGGAGGCAGAGUAGGGAAAGCUUUAGGUCUAUUUUGUCCAGCGUCCCUGGUUGGCAUGAAUUCAAGGAUAUCAUCCCAGAAUAAAAUCUGAGCAACUCUGCAGCUACCUUGCAUUUAAGAGUAACAGCAAACAUAUAAAAACAGUCCAACAUUUUAACUUAUGCAGUACCUGUCCUCAAGCUUUACAAAGCUAAAUAUAAGCAGUUAGAAUUCUCCCUGACUUGGUAGAGCUGCAUCUGUUUAUGGAAGAACUCAAGUCGUUACUCAGAACUGAUGUAGGGCAGGGCAGGGUAUCUAAGGCUGCAGGUAGGUAGGCAGUCAGAGUUAUUUUUAAAGCCACAGCUUUGAUGUACCAACAAAUAGUUAAUAACAAUAAAAUGGUAAUAGUGCAAACAGGAUUAUUCCAGCAGGAUCUCCUUGCCCCUUUACUGUUCCAGAAAACACAUGCCAUCUCUUUAAGCCCCCACCAAAUACAGUUUUUAUUAUAUUACUGGAAAGGUAAUCAGAGCUAUUCUUGUUUUCCAAAUAUUGUGCUAAUAAUUAGUCUUACAGCAGUGUAACAUCAGGUUUCAAGAGGCAUGGAAACUAUUUGAUUUUCUUCCUUAAUAUAGAGGAAAAAAAAACAAUCUGUGAUUUUUGGCCUUCUGUGAUUUGGGUGAGCAAACCAAGGACCAAAAUGGCAAACACUGACUAAUUUCAGAGAAUUCAUCAUGCAGGCAAUCCAGACUCUGGAUUGUGUGGAGAACUAACAGGGAACAGAAAUCCAGCAAAUGCUUUUGGUAUAGAGGCUACAGUCUGUGCACUGUUAGCCUAUGGAUCAAUACAAAGUUAGAAGAAAGAAAACAUACCGGAGGCAUAGGUUAAAUUUACAAAAGAGAGGUAGGGUUUCUCCAGGAUUAUCACAGCAGCGCAGUUAUAGUUUUGAAGAUAAAAUGGUGGGAAAAUCGGGGCUAGAAGGGAAUAUAAAGCUGCAUCCAAAGCACUUAUCUAAAGGGUUAAGUUACCUUACUUGUUGUCAGUUUGUCUCUGUGCUUUUCAGUGCCAUCAUGAAAUAAAGUUCUGCUGCAGAGAACAGAGAUCUGUCUUCCAGGAAGGGAACUGCCCCUUGUGUUGUGAAAGCAGGUCACCAGUUAAACUAGAAUGACAGCUCUCAAAGUCCAUGGAAUGGAUGGCACAGAAUAGUCACACGCUUCAUCAUUAGAUUCUGUAUCUAGGGGGACUGCUGAAGUAAAGGGAUACCUCUGAUCCCACACCUUGGGCUCCUCCAGGCUAGCAAUUCCUUUGGUAACAUCUGAGAGUUCACUCCGGGAGAGUGAACCUGUACUGCUGGUUCUUGGUGCUGCUGUGCCUGAAGGCAAGCUCUUUUCACAGUGCACAGCUGCAGUGCAUGUUGAAAUUAUUCUGUUGUGCUUCCAGUGAGGCUUUCCAUGCGCUUCUUUAGGAGCCAGGCUUCAGGAGCAUGACAGAGCAGAAAAUUACCUGCAGCUUUGUUUUACAGAUAGGAGUUGAAGUAUUUACUGAGGGUCAAAUGAAGGGCUUAACCUGAAUGUCUGGACCAUUUCUUGAUGUGUCAUUCUUUCCAGAGGUGUUAACUGCAAGAGUGCCCCCUCAACUGAACUCAGAUGUGUCAGUCACUUGUGAACCCUCCUCUCCAGCUGUGAUCACGCAAAUAUAGAUACUAGAGAUCAGAUUACAUAGCCUUUCUCAGCUGACCUCGUGUAUAGGAUCAAUAGCCAUAACAAAGCUGGAAAAGGGUCAGUCAGCAUCCGAAGUUAGCAGUGAUUCAGCUUGCCCCCUAGACUGACUACUAAAAGUAAAUGGUUAGGACUCUAUGAAUCACCUUCCCGCAAGUGGACAGGGUCGAGGAGAUUGCCUGUUUGCCACACACCACACAGCUGUUCAGAAACCCCCCAAGCUUUCCUCUCUCCCCUGUGCUCCAUGCUAUAUACUGGAACAGCAAGACAAGGUGCCAGGACGCCAGAAGGCAGAGCAGCUGUUGGGGCAGUGAAAACAAGCACGCUGUCUUGAGGCUGAGUCCAGGCUGGGCCAAUGUGGUGCUGCAGCCAUGUGAUGUGCAGCCAUACUUUGCCAACGCGGCUGUGUUUGGCAGCAAGCUUUACCAUUAAGCACCAAACUGCCAUGACUAGUGCUAAUUCUUAGUUUGGGCUAAGUUCUCCAAAACCUGGUGCAAUGUUCUAAAACAGACCCAUUUCUCCUGUAUUCUCCAUCCUGUCUUCCUGUUUAGAUUGAUUCUGUGGAAACUCUUCUAGAUAACCCUCCUGUCCUUCAUCUAAGAGUCUUCAGAGUGGCCAAAUGCAGGUGAGGGACUUACUUCUGUUUGCCUAGUUUCAAAUUAGUUUCUGUGUUUAACCAAGAGUUGAAUGGCUUCACUAGUUAUUGUUUGCACAUUGAAUCCUGCCAGGAAGUUACAAGGAACUGUCUUUCUGCUAUGCUUCUGCAGGCUCUGUUGUGAUACAUGUAAAAUCAGUUAGGUGGCAGGAGAAAAAGGCAAAGUGCAUGCUAAACUAUACAAGCAAAUGCAGAUUACAGUGAGCAAAAAUAAUGGAUCUUUCUAGCUUAGAAAUAAAGAACUACUGUCUUGAAAUAAGAAAUUCUUUAUGCUGAGAACUUCCCAUCACUGGAUGACCACCCCAGUUAUACAGCAGAAUCCCUAUCACGAGGUUUUUGAGAUGCAGUUGCUCAGAGUGCUAGAUAAUCUCAUCUGGGCUUUCUUUUCUCGGAGAAUGUUGGACUUGAUGAUUUUCCAAGGUUCUUUCCAACCUGGGCUCUCCUAUGACUAGGACUAAUUGCUAGGGCGGCAGCCAAAUGUGCUAUCCCACAAGCAACAUGAAGACAAGGACUAGCACUGCUUUCUUACUUUUAGUGCUCUUUGUGCAGUCUUGCCACCUGUCUCUGUCCUUCUCUCAGUUCACUCCACCCCCACAGGCUCAUCUCCAACUUUCCAAAGCACCCAGUGCCCACUACAGCCACGUGGCAAAGUUUGGCGGCAGCAGUGGCUGCCACAAACCACAGCCAAGCACUGUGGUGGUGUGGUGUGCUGCACAACUUUUUCCAGCCAUCCUCUGUCAGUUAUGAACAUGUUUGUAGCUUUGGCUUGUUGUGACUUGUUACCACACCAUCUAGAGAAUAACAACUACUUCUAGUUCUUUCAUAACGUAAGGAAAAGAAGAUACCUGCAUGUGAAUUUCCACUUUGAGAGAUGUUUGCAACACUUCUCCCAGUGGGAAGAAAUCGCGUUAUCUGACACAGUGAGAAUGUGUGUGUGUGCUGGGGAGCAGGGGCAAACCCUGGUAAAAGAUUAAGAGGGCUGUGAUCUCUCUCACAUCCCUGAGCAAUCUGGGAGGAUGCUCUCUAAAAUGCCUGAAGAGUCGACUCGACAUUUAUUCCCUGAUUAUUAUAGAUAAUCCCAGCAUUAGUGGGCCUGCCACCACUUCCUAUUAGGUCAGUACUGUGUAGUAAAUUGCCUGGAACUAUAGAGCUUUAGCCACAAAUACUGUCAAAAGCCCCGCUGUGUAUAACCUCACAGACCCUGCCCACCUCCUCCUAGCAAGGGGCCUCAGCCUUCCAGCAGCCCCCCUGGCCUCCCCUGCCUCUUCCAGCCAUGUGGAGCAAGGCUGCUUGCUGAUGGCCCUGGACUGAAAAUAGGGGGAGGGGGGUGAAAGUUCAUGAAAUACCUGUCCCAUUCCCUGCACUGCAUCUUGGUCAGAAAACAUUUGUUGUGAAAACUGACGUGCUGCCUCCUUCCAAGAGAGCUGAAUCAUCUUGGAAUAAAGUUUUUACCAACAAAAUGAAAUUGAGCCUUUUCUCCUUCCCUUUACAGCAAGGGGAGAGAGAAAAGAAGGUUAAAUACAAAGAAAGCUUGAGCGUUUGGGGGUGAAAAUACACAAUUCAGGAGUCAACAUUCCAAAGUGCUAUAAAAAUAGCUCAUCAUUUGGAUCCUAUGAUGAUAGUGGACGUGCAUCUGCCACUGACUGAAAUCAGAGGGAUCUCAUUUCUUUACAAGGCUGUUGCUCUCAUUCUUGGCCAUAAAGCCGUGUAAAUAACAUAUGGUACAAACAGCGUCACUGAAACCUGCCAAAGUUUUGAAAUACUUAAAGUUAACUACUGAAACCAAGCCACCUGUCCAGUAAGUUCUCCUUGAGCUGUUCCAGUUCAUCAUCAUUGCAGCACUAUGUUGAUAGAACGCCAUAAAUCUGUGGAGGCAGAUACUACAUUCUUCCUGCCCUAUAGAAACUUCCCUCUAAAGAUGAGUGAACACAAGGUGAAGGAUAAGAUGUAGCUUAUCUGAGCUUUGGUGGUUACUUGGAGAGGAAAAACUGACAGAAAGAUUUCCAAAGUAGUUUUUGCCUUGUGGUUAGCUGUAUGAAUGUGGGAGAAGGAUGGUGACGCAUAUUUUAUUGUGGUCACAGAAGCAGCUUGGACCUGUCCUAUGUCUAUGUAAGAGGAUUUCUGCGCGUUCUCCGCAUAGUCCUGAUGCUCAUCAACCUGAUGACAAGACCAAUAGUUGCUUAAUUGAAAAUGCGUUAACUUUUUUUCCUGCAGGUUAGUUGUCUGACUACUAAUUUCCCAUUGCAGUGGAACCCUUCUGACUGCAGGGCCCAAGGAUCCUUCCAGGCUCUGAUUCUCUAACUUUGUUUUUCUGAAGUUGAGACAGGCUGACCAAUUCCUCUCCUACACGCCUGGGAACUUGGCCCACUUUGUACAAAGCUCUGACAGAAGCCAGCUUUUCCUGAGUUCUUCAAAGCAGUCAACAUCAGAACUGGCAAGCUUUUUUUUGGGUGUUCCCUGGCAUUCAGUAAGCAGUGAGCUGCUAACUGGUGAGCAGACAGACUUCCCUCAGAAAACAGCAAGCAGGAGGAGAAAAGCAACCUCACCCAAUGCCUGACAGUGAGCUUGCUGGAAGUCACAUUUAAAGAGUCCUAGAUUCUCUCUUCCCCAUGUUGCUCUUGCUGAUUUUAUUGGGACCUGCAGCAGAGCUGUUUAUCCGUCUCAUGAAAUUACAUAAGUAAGUCCUUUGUUAUGAAACUGUCAACAGGCAAUACAACGUAAAGAUAUGAUAGCCAUGCGAAAGCCUCUGCACAAAUCCAUAACUUCUAGCUGCUACAUCAAGCAUUCUCUAGAGGUGCUCACAUUUCUGGAUAAGGCAGCAAAUACAUAGAAAGUUGACUGAAUAUAACAAUACUGAAUAAGAUGUGACAAGCAAAUGAAAGCCAUAGUACAACAGAUAGACUGUGGUUGAGUUAUUAUUGCAUCUUCUUAUAGUCCAAUAAAAGACUCCUAAAACUUC